AGGGCUCCGCGCAACCCGCCUCCCCGGCGCCCCCCCGAAACACGGAACGUGCAGUCAGGGGCGCCUGGGGCCCAUGGAGGCCGAGGAGCUGAGAGCUCUCUUGGAGGCUGCCACCCGCGAGAUCCACGCCAUCUCCCGCUCGCUCCCGGAGGACGCCAGCGCGGCGGGCCAGGCCGCGGCGGAGCUGGCGGAGGCCCGGCAGGCGUUGUCCGAGGCCGCGGGCCUGUGCGCCCAGGCCAGCCCCUCCAGUGAGCCAGCGUGCGAGGACCUGCGCGGGGCGCUGGCGCUGCGGGCCAGCGCCGUGCGCGGGUGCCAGGAGGCGGAGGGGGAGCUCGCGGCGCUGCAGCAGGAGCACGCGAGGUGGCUCCAGAAGCUGCACCUCGUCGAGGGCAGGCGGGAGCAGGGCCACGAGCAGCUGCAGUCCUCGGCCAAGCGGCUGGACGAAGAGCGGGCCGCCGCCGUGGAGAGCUGCAAGGCACUCGAGAUCGAGGUGCAGCAGUUGCGCGAAAACCUCUCGGCCAAGAGCAGGCAGCUCGAGGA